ACUCCAGCAACUCUCCAGCUGUUGCGCAUCUGGAUUUGAGCCGCGGUACCAUGCAUCUGGCGCGGGUUCUGCUCUGUGCGGCUUCGGUGCUGCUGUUCGGACCGCUGGUGCGCACCGAGAGCGGAGCGGCUGCGGCCGCGGCUGUACCGGAGGAGCGCGACGCGCGGGAGGCGCACUGUCCCGCCGCCGCCGUGUGCGCCUUCCGCCAGCACAGCAAACAACUGCGGCUCCAGGCGAUCAAAUCUCAGAUCCUGAGCAAACUGCGUCUCAAACACGCUCCUAAUGUCAGCCGAGAUGUGGUCAAGCAGCUGCUGCCCAGAGCGCCCCCGAUACAGCAGCUCCUCGACCUGUACGACGUGCUGGGGGACGACGGGAAACCGGGGACGGAAGUGCAGGAGGAGGAGGAGGACGAAGAACAUGCAACCACCGAGACCGUCAUGAGCAUGGCCACCGAGCCUGACCCCAUCGUUCAACUACACCAAAAACCAAAGUGCUGCUUCUUCUCCUUUAGCCCCAAGAUCCAGACUAGUCGAAUAGUAAGGGCGCAGCUCUGGGUGCACUUGCGCCCCGUGGAAGAGGCGACCACCAUCUUUUUGCAGAUAUCCAGACUCAUGCCUAUCGCUGACGGGAAGAAACAGACCAUAAAACUACGUUCGCUGAAGGUGGACGUGAGCGCGGGGGUCAAGUCUUGGCAAAGCAUUGACGUGAAGCAGGUGGUUGUGGGGUGGAUGAGGCAGCCGGAAAGCAACUGGGGGAUCGAGAUCAACGCCUACGACGCCAAGGGCAGUGAUGUUGCCGUGACUUCUGCAGAGCCUGGAGAAGAAGGACUGCUUCCAUUCCUGGAGGUCAAAGUCUCUGAAAGUCCCAAACGAAGCAGGAGAGAAUCAGGCCUGGACUGCGAUGAAAAUUCGUCCGAGUCCCGCUGCUGCCGCUACCCACUCACGGUGGACUUUGAAGACUUUGGCUGGGACUGGAUUAUUGCCCCGAAACGCUACAAGGCCAAUUAUUGCUCAGGAGAGUGUGACUAUGUGCAUCUGCAGAAGUUUCCACACGCGCACCUGGUGAACAUGGCAAUCCCGCGGGGCACGGCCGGUCCCUGCUGCACGCCCACCAAGAUGUCCCCCAUCAACAUGUUGUACUUCAGCGAAAAAGAGCAGAUCAUCAACAGAAAGCUCCCGGCGAUGGUGGUGGAUCACUGUGGCUGCUCGUGAUCCAUGUAAUCAGCCUAAAUUCCUCCAGCUUGGACAUCUCGUUGCAAUACUCGUCAACCAUUAACCAUGCCGUGCAAUAUGCAGUAGAACCAGAAUAGCAGCUGAAGACGAUCAGCUGGUCACCAAUCACUGCUUCACUCUCACUGACUUUGACUUGUUUACUCUGAAUCUGCAUCUUGGAGUCUUAGAUGUACUGAAGAAGUGUCAUGCCGGUUGGACUUGGAAAUGGACAUCAUAUAUCUUUAUUAUAUGCUCAUGCAUUCUCAGAAUUGUAAUAUAUAAAGUUCUGUUCUCGCUACAGAUCCAGUACCAAUAAUACCAACGGUACGGUAACGUUACAGUACCAACAGUAAUCUAGUGUUACAUUGCCAACAGUUCCAAUGGUACUGUAACGUUACAGUACCAACAGUAGAGUUACAAUGCCAAUAGUUCCUAUGGUACCGUAACGUUACAGUACCAACAAAUAUAUUACAGACAGUUAAGUUUCCAAAAGCAACAGAAAGGGACUCAAUAACUCUUAAAAAAGCUUGAAAACCUGUCAGAAGAUUCAGACAAUCUGAAGCAAGUCUUCAUUCACAAUAAAACAUGUGGUUAUUUGUAGCCUUUUCCAUUAUUUAGCUGCUUUAUCUGCCUUAUACACUUGAACUAUUAUUAAAAUUCAGUAUGACUAGACAGAAGGACUUGAAACAGAGGCACUUUGAUUGCAGUGUGUUAAAGACGGAGAACUUUAAGCGGUAAGUACGGAUGUUAAUACCGGGUCACUCGUGCUCUUCCAGACAGACAGUUUGCACUAUGGCAGACCAACAGAACGGAUUGGUCGCUAAAAAUGUUGUAAAAACUGAUGUUGAUGUGUUUGCUUAUUGCAUUGUAUACAUUAUUAUCGUUGUUUCUGUUAACUGUCGCUUUUUUAACCUCUGUUAGUUCAUGUAUAAGAGGAGAAUUAUGUGAAAGUGUACAUUAUACAAUCUGUGGAGCUGUUCAUCCAAAUAAAGGU